AUGGCGCAUCUACAGAUACCACUGCAGUCUGCAGACUUUAUACCGGACGUCAGCCAGCCGUCGCAAUGGCCGAAUCAUGUGGCUGCUAUCAUCCGUUUCAUCGCCAGAGGUGACCUCUUCUUGGCUUGCGCGGGAGUUUCGGUUCUUCUGCUGCUACUAUAUUUGCAUUUGUGGACCGUCCGCAAUAAGAAAUUAUGGCGGCAGAAGACGCUGCCAAAAGCCACCGAUACCUCGGAUGACCGAUCAGAAUUCGAAGAGCUUCUCUCUGCCGAUUCAUCAGUCUCCGAGGACGACACGCUGCACACGUCUUCCUCCACGCCAAUAGAAAAUGAAGGCAGCCUUUUGUCCUUUUUCGCCGUUUCUCUUUCACAGAUCGUCGCCGUUGCCGUGGCAUUCGCACUAUCCGUCAUCAGCUCGGCCAGAAACUCAUCGCCUGGUGCCGCUUGGAAAGAGCCGGUCACUCUAGGCUACCUGCUGCUGCUGUGUGUUAUUCAGUUGCUGCUUGCCAGCAGUCGUCGUGGGUUCUCGCUUCGUCAUGUCUUCUAUCACCACAUCAACGCCGUUGGCACCGCGUUGACCGUGCUCAAGGCCGUGUGUCUUCUGUUGCCGCUUGCACUGCGAGGAACGCACGCACGAUUGGGCGCCGUCCCAGGUGCUAAGUUGGCCGCCCUGUCCGCCGUUCCGUUGACAGCGUUUGCUGCACCGCGAGAUGGUUCUCGUGUCAAUAUCUCCGCGAGCUUUGGUGUUUCUGCCAAGAGCAAGAGUGAUAUCCAUGCAGACCAGGAAAGUGGAAAGACGGCCGGCAGCCUGCCUCUUUCGCCGGAAGAGUCGUGCUCCUGGGCGUCAUACUACCUCUCGUACGGGUGGCUCACACCAGUGAUCCUGCACGGGUGGCGACGAGACCUCGAGCUCGACAACCUGCCGGCACUACCGUCAUAUGACGCCCCUCUGAAUCUGCUGGAGAGAAUGGGACGGCAGAGACAGCGGCAGCGGCACAGACGAGGAACGCUAGCGACGCUAUGUCUGGUGUUCCAGGGGCACAUCAGACGCAUCAUGAUUUGGGGCACACUGACAGCCAUGGCUGAAUAUGUGGCGCCGGUAGCCAUGUUCCAGCUGCUGGCGUAUCUGGAGGCAGGUAGCAGCUCUGCCAUUCCGGUCCAUCCGUCUGUGUGGGUCGGGCUUCUGUUUAUCGGUCCUAUGCUGCGGUCAGUAUGCUACCAGCAGUCCAUCUUUCUCAGCACGCGGCUGCUGGUGACAUGGCGGGCGUCGGUGAUCCAGGAGGUGUUCCAACGGAUGCUGCGCUUGCGCGUGGACGGCUCUCCGGCCCAGCCACGGUUACAGCAAAAACAAACGCAAUCCUCUGGCCAGAAGAACACAGUCAAGACAGAAAGUCUGGUGUCAUACGACGUAGACAUGAUCUCCAACUCGUCAGACAUGUUCUAUUCGUUCACGGCCAGCCUGGUGUCGACGGCGCUGGCGAUGACGUUCCUGUACCGACUGCUGGGCUGGCCUUCGCUGCUUGGGGUGGCCGUGCUGGUGUGCCUGACACCGCUGCCGGUGGUUUUCUCAGGGCGGGUAUCGCGGCUGCACAGACGGGUGAUGCAGGCGACAGACGCACGGCUGGCGCAGGUGGCCGAGUUUCUGGGGGCUGUGCGCACGCUCAAGUACUUUGGAUGGGAGCCGGUAGCGGCAAGAGCAUUGAACGAGGCCCGGGCGACAGAGCAGCGGCAGAUCUGGCGGCGCAACUUAACGUCGAUGCUGGUGGCGAUGACGGGCGAUAUGAUGUCGCUAGUCAGCCUGCUGGUGAUGUUUGCAGCAGUAGUGCUGCUGGCAAGACAGCCGCUUCACGCACCGGCAGCCUUCACGGCGCUGUCGAUCACAGAGACGCUGCGGGCGCAGUACGUCUGGAUGGCCAAGGUAGUGCAGUGGGUGGCGCAGGGCAGAGAGUCGUUCCGGCGCGUGGACGGCUUUCUGAGCGGUGGUGAGCCGCGGCAAAGACAUCCAGUUGGGCCGCCGAGCUUUGCGGGAGCGGAUGUCGUGGUGGGGCGAGAAGAGAGUGAAACUGCAAACGCGCCCUCGCAGCCACCGUUUUCCCUCCACCUCUCGGUCAGCUUCCGCGAGGAUGCCCUCAACGUCGUGACCGGGGCCACCGGCAGCGGAAAGUCGACGCUUCUUCUCUCGCUGUUGGGCGAGACGGCUCUCGUGGCUGGCACAGUGACCUGUCCGGCCGACGUGGCGUUUGUGCCGCAGACGGCCUGGCUGCUCAGCGGCACAGUGCGCGAGAACAUCGUGUUCCACGGCACGCACGACGACGUCCGCUACCGUGCCGUCCUCGCCGCCUGCGCCCUCGACCGCGACCUCGCCGCCCUGCCGCUCGGCGACCAGACAUUCAUUGGAGAGCGAGGCGCUGCAUUGUCGGGCGGCCAGCGUCAGCGUAUCGCUCUCGCCCGCGCUCUGUACGCGCCCCCGACCGCCCUGCUGCUGCUCGACGACGUAUUUUCGGCUCUGGAUGCCCACACGGCCGUGCAGGUGUACCGAGGUUGCUUUGGAGCGGCGGCUGAUGUGGUCGUGCGGCUGGAACACGGCCGGGUGGCGUCGAUGACAGAGCGAUGGAAGAAAGAUGGAGGCAGACAUGUCGAGGGAUUUGUCGAGGAAGAAGAUGAGGAUGUUGAUGAAAUUUUGGAAGAAGAAGUAGACAGAGGGGAAGGUGCAUCUGGGGAAGGUACGGCGGAGGAAAGAACGACCGAGGAAGGCGUCAAAGCCUUCGCGUCCGAUCAUUCCAACUGGUCACCAUCCAUCACGGAAAAACGAGCGUCUGGUCGGGUUCCACGCUCCAUGAUUGUGCAGUACAUGCUGUUGUUUGGCGGCGUGCCCAACGCGCUGCUGGCCAUGGCCGGAUCACUGAUGGUGCAGCUAGCCUACUUUUCCAUUACGCUAUGGCUAUCAAUAUGGACCAGCAAGGAAUCGUCUUCGUCUUCGUCCUCGUCGUCCUCAUCCUCAGCCCAUCUGCUCGUCUACGCCGGCACGGUGCUGACCUUUGUCGGUCUGCAGCUGCUCAACAACUAUCUCUUCCAGCGGGGCGGCUGGCGGGCGGCGCAGACGAUGCACAGCCGCCUGGUCACGGCCGUUCUGGCAGCACCGCUCAGCUGGUUUGACCGCACGCCAGCAGGCCAGAUCCUCAACCGGUUCGGGCUCGACACGCAGUCUCUAGACGCGGUAUUGGUCGACUGGCUGCGCAUGACGCUCGACAACGGACUGCGGUUCGGGCUGCGGCUGGCCGGCAUCGCGUCCAUCCUGCCGGUCUUUGCGGUGCCGGCAGCCGUGUUCUGCGGGCUCGGUUUUGCCACCGGUGAGCUGUACUCACGCGCCGAGAUUUCCGUCAAGCGACUCGUGGCCGCACACUUUGCCCCGGUCCUGUCGCAGUUUGCCGAUCUCGAUGGCGGCGGCAGCCUCGACAGCGGCCUCGCCGUCGUGCGCGCGCGUCGCGGCCUCGAUCGCGUCUUCCGACAACAGCUCGCUGACCACGUCUCCGACCACAUGCGCGCUGCCGAGGCACAGUUCAACUGCAACCGCUGGGUGUCGGUGCGCAGCAGCCGCGCCGGUCUUGUCGGCUUCUCGCUCACCAACGCCAUCGGCCUCAGCCAGACCAUCCUCACACUCGUGCGCAACAUGAACGAGCUCGAGGUCGAGCUGAACUCGCUGCAGCGCAUCGACCAGUACACCCACAUCCAACCCGAGAAGGACGUCGAGAUGGCCGGCGACGACAUCCCAACCGAUUGGCCAACAGCAGGAGAAAUCUCCUUUGACGACGUGACGGCGACGUAUGAGGCAGAGGACGGCAGCAGUGACCCCAGAAACAAAAACCCCACCUCCACCAACAGCAACAUCCUUAACGAAAACUCUUCAUCCUCUACUACCACCACAACAUCCUCUCCUCCUCCUCUCGGUCACGUCUCCUUUGUGGCUCAUCCUGGCGAGCGUCUGGCCGUGGUCGGCCGCACCGGAAGUGGCAAGAGUACGCUACUACGCACUCUACUGCGAUCUACCCACGUGGUGCAGGGCCGAGUCUCCGUCGACGGCAUCGACAUCCGCCGCGUGCCGCUGCGCCGCCUGCGCCACGCCGUCUGUCUUAUCCCCCAGGACACGCUGCUGCUGGCUGGCGACGUGCGGUCGAACCUGGACCCUGAGGGUGACUGCACGGACGAGGAGCUGGUCGAGGUGCUGCGGUCAUGUGCCGGCGACACCGCCAAGACGGUCCUUUCGCUCUCAACACCCGUCGCCACCGGCGGUACCAACUUUAGCAGCGGCCAGCGUCAGGUCCUCGGGCUCGCCCGCGCCCUCUGUCGUCGUGCCCGUGUCGUCGUUCUCGAUGAGGCCACUGCGUCCGUGGAUCUGGCCACCGACCGCCGCAUGCAGCAGCUGAUCCGCACAGCAUUUGCCGGCUCGACUGUCGUCACGAUUGCGCACCGUCUGCGCACCAUUAUGGACUACGACCGCAUCCUAGUCAUGGCUGAGGGACGUGUCAUUCAAAUCGGCUCACCUCGCGAACUGGCCACCCGCCAAGGCGUCUUCUCCGACAUGCUCAAGAGCACGGGCGAGUACGAAGAGCUGCUGGCCACGGUGGGCUUGAAUGCAACAACACUGGAGUGA